AAAAGGAAUCUGAGAAGGACUGAUUGUUCCAUUAUGGAUGGAGGGGAUGAUGGUAACCUUGUUAUCAAAAAGAGGUUUGUGUCUGAGGCAGAAUUAGAUGAACGGCGCAAAAGGAGGCAAGAAGAAUGGGAGAAAGUUCGAAAACCUGAAGAUCCAGAAGAAUGCCCAGAGGAGGUUUAUGACCCUCGGUCUCUAUAUGAAAGGCUACAGGAACAGAAAGAUAGGAAGCAGCAGGAGUAUGAAGAACAGUUCAAAUUCAAGAACAUGGUAAGAGGCUUAGACGAAGAUGAGACCAACUUCCUUGAUGAGGUUUCUCGGCAGCAGGAACUAAUAGAAAAGCAGCGAAGAGAAGAAGAACUGAAAGAACUGAAGGAAUACAGAAGUAAUCUCAACAAGGUUGGAAUUUCUCAAGACAACAAAAAGGAAGUGGAGAAGAAAGUGGCUGUGAAACCCACAGAAACCAAGACCAAGUUCUCCCAGGCAAAGCUGUUGGCAGGAGCUGUGAAGCAUAAGAGCUCAGAGAGUGGCAACAGUUUGAAAAGACUGAAAUCGGACCCUGACCCAGAUGACAAGAAUCAAGAAGCCCCGUCCUGCGUGUCUCUUGGAAGCACAUCUCUGAGUGGUCCCUCCAUCCACUGCCCCUCCGCUGCCGUCUGUAUCGGCAUCCUCCCAGGUUUGGGCGCCUACUCUGGGAGCAGCGACUCUGAGUCCAGCUCAGACAGCGAAGGCACCAUCAAUGCCACCGGCAAGAUCGUCUCCUCCAUCUUCCGAACCAACACCUUCCUCGAGGCCCCCUAGUUCCUCUGUUAUUACCGCAGGGAGCUCCUCCCCAAGAGAAGACUGGACAGUUUAUUCUGCCUGCAGGCAUUGCCUCCCACAGAAAAGUCCUUUGCCUGCUCCCUGUGCACACCAUGACGUUUUUAACCUCAUCUAAAAAUGUCCAGAAUCCAAAAAA